GGCUUCAGUCCCUAAAUCCCGACUGCAAACCAGUGCGCCGGAACCAAAGAGCCGACACUCGAAUUUCCACGCGGGCGCGCGAGUGUGUUGCGACGCAUCGAUUGCUUUCGUCUGGCGGAGGCCUAUCGGGGGAGGACCGAGCACCGGGAGGCCAAGGAAAGGAGGCGAGUCAAGGACUUCCUCCUGGGGAGGGAGCUUGGAUUCGGGAGGCCGCGCUGGGCCUGUUGGACUAGGCGUCCACGCGUGGGAGAGUUCAGUCAUGUGUGUACAUGCGGUGAUGCGCGCCCUGCGCAAGAACAAGACGCUUCGCUACGGAGUCCCCAUGCUGUUGCUGAUUGUUGGAGGCUCUUUUGGUCUUCGUGAAUUUUCACAAAUCCGCUAUGAUGCUGUGAAAAUUAAGAUUGAUCCUGAAUUAGAAAAAAAACUGAAAAUGAGUAAAGUAUCAUUGGAAUCAGAGUAUGAGAUACUAUGGGACCAGGAAAUUCCAGGCUGCGUGAAUUGCCUUGGCAACCUCAGCUACUGCAUCCCCUUUGUGCAGAGCUGCCUCCCUAAGGACUGACUGAUGCGUUUAGCCCAGCAGAACCAUAAACCCUGUACUCCACAACAAGGACACAACAAACCACAGAUGAGAAAAUCUUCCACAUCUGGUGCUUUGAGGAGCUGCCAACCAGCUGGGCUCUACUCUCUUUCUUCAUCUAUUUCCUCUGCCUUCAUGCUUCGUGCUCUGCUUUCUCCUGUUUUUUCUCACCUCCCUUUUCCAUGCCAAUGUGGAUUAACCACAAGAAACUAGGGCUCCUGAGCAUCAGCUGCCUCGAGGCAGUAAUAAUCAGUUCUUCCUGCUGGUGCAUUGAACCUGCCUCUCCACAAACAUACUGACACACACAUACACAUACAUACAUGUGCACACACCCAGGUGUGCCAGCUGAUCCCCACAUGGUGGGAGCCUGAGUGGGAAGGGACCAUCUGGGACAGUGGCCCUGGAAGGUAGCUCUGAGGCCUGCCCUCACCAUAAGUUGCCAGUCUGUAUCAUAUCACCAGGGGGCAUGUUUCCUCCUAUGCUGUGAAGGAAUGAUGUCUUUGCAAAUGCAUUUUCCUUGACCUGGAAAAUCUCUUUUGGGUGAAUCAAAGUUUUCCUGAGGCAUUGAGAGAACAAGAAACAGUGCUAGGUGAAUACAUGCUAAAAAAUCUUUAUUGAAUGAAGAAUGUUAAACAGGCUCCACAUGGUAUAGUUCAGGCUCCUCUAGUGGGAAGUACAGAGCCAGAAGCUUUGAUCAGCUUUGGCCCACUCUGGUUUUUCCAAACCAGGGAAGAAACUGCCUUUGAACAAACAAAGUGUGCCACAGAACUCCUUAACAGUACCAACUUGAUCAAGGCUCCAGCAUAGAAGACACUUAUUAAAAUAAUCUACAUCAUCAUUAAUUCAAUGAACAUUUAUUAAACACUUGCCAUACACUAGGGACUUGUAUAGAUGUUGGAGAUUCAAACAGUAAGACUCUCCUCUUCAUGUUGCUUAUAUCCUUAUAUACAUUGCCCUUGAACACCAUGGGUUUGAACUGUAUGGGUCCACUUACAUGCUGAUUUUUUUCAGUGUAGUACUGUAAAU